ACCUCUCAACACGCUAGUCCAAGCUCUCAAGCUUCAAGUCUCACAUGGCCAUCUCGAGCUCCCCAGAGAAGGCCUUCUUGUUGGCCAGUAUCAGCUGUUGCAGAGAACUCCACCAAGUCCCCUUUCCUAGAUCAUGCAAGGCCCUUCCCUUCCCGCCGCUCCCGCUCUCGAACCUCGGAGUCUCUUGCUCGAAUUGCCCUUCCCCGCUUCUCGAGGAACAGUCUGGCGCCUUGCCUUCGGCGCAAUUCGACUUGCAAGUAAGGGAAUCUCUGCAAGGUCCGACCACGGACUCCGAGAGUUUCAACAGAUUCUUACGUGGGUUAUUGGAAGCUCCUGAGACUGAGAAGCUUGCCUACGAGUACUACGAGAAGGCGAAAGAGAGUCCAAACUUUGAGCCGGAGAAGUCGACGCUGGGUAGCCUCGCCAGGUACCUGAUGAGAGAAAAGAAGUGGGACUUAAUCGGGGGUCUUUCUCAUGAUUUCAAGGUUUACAAUGUGUUCCCUGAUAGAUUUACCUGUGCUAGAUUGGUCGGUAAUUGCAUUGAAGCUAGGAAAUUCAGAGUUGUUGACGGUUUACUUGAAGUGUUAGGACCGAAUAGAGAGGCCAGUCUUUUGGCAUUCGAUGCGGCACUGCGAGGUUAUAACAAGCUCCAUAUGUAUAGCAGCACGAUUGUUGCGCACGAACAGAUGAAAUCCGUAGGGGUUGCUCUGGAUCCUGGAUGUUAUUACAGGAUAAUGGAAGCUUACAUGAAAAUUGGGGAUGUCGCAAAAGUUGUCGAGUUGUUUCAUGAAUUUGAAAGUAGCCGAUCCAGCACAACAUCCUUUUCAACACGGAUUUUCGGUGUUGUUUGUGAGUCGUUAUGCAAAUCCAGAAGAGCAUUUGAGGCCCUCGAGUACUUUAACAAAAUGAAAGACAGCGGGAUUGCUGUCGACACCAAAAUUUAUACAUCGUUGAUAUCUUCUUUUGCAAGCGUCGGGGAAAUAAAAGAAGCCGAAAAGCUUUUCGAGGAAGCCAGUAAAGAGAAGAUAUUGUUGAGGGAUCCGGACAUGUUCCUAAAGCUUGUUCUGAUGUACCUAGAAGAAGGAUUACUGGAGAGAACUUUUCACGUCAUCGAGGCAAUGAAGGGCAUGAAUCUGAAGGUGUCCGAUUGCAUAUUGUCCGCAAUAGUCAAUGGCUUUAUGAAGAAGCGCGGGCCCAGGGCUGCAGUUAGGGUGUACGAAAAUCUCAUCUCUCAGGGAUGCGAGCCCGGGCAAGUGUCAUAUGCUUCGGUCAUAAGUGCGUAUUGCCGGGUCGGGCUCUACUCCCGAGCUGAGGUGCUUUUCUCGGAGAUGGAAACCAAGGGGUAUGACAAAUGUGUCGUGGCAUACUCUAGCAUGGUUGCCAUGUAUGGCAAGAGAGGAAAAACGAGAGAAGCAAUGAAAUUGGUCGCAAAAAUGAAAGCCAGAGGAUGCAAGCCGAAUGUGUGGGUGUACAACACCUUAAUGGAAAUCCAUGGGAGGGCGAAGAACUUGAGGCAGGUCGACAAAAUAUGGAAGGAAAUGAAGCGAAAGAAGGUGGCACCUGACAAGGUUAGUUACACGAGCCUCAUUGCUGCGUACAAUAGGGCAAGGGAGUUCGAGACCUGCAUAAAAUUUUAUGACGAGUUUCGGGCGAAUGGGGGCUCGAUCGAUAGGGCAAUGGGCGGGAUCAUGGUGGGGGUUUUCUCAAAGAGCAGCCGGAUCGAGGAGUUGAUUAGGCUUCUUCAAGACAUGAAAUCGGAGGGAACAGAGUUGGAUGAGAGGCUUUACAGGUCGGCUUUGAAUGCACUGAGAGACGCUGGCCUGCUAGUUCAAGCUAGGUGGUUCCAGGAAAGCUUCAGCAUCGCCCGAGAAAGAGGAGUUCCUAAUAAACUGAUACGAUAGAUAGGACCAAUCACAAUUCAGGUUCGGUGUCCCCUUCAUUCAACUUGUACAGUCCCACAGCUGAUGCUCUAUUCUGUGUAGUUCGAUUGUAAAUUAGGAAUGCUCAGUUGAAUUCUUUGUGGGAAUCUACUGGAGAUGCUUACCAACACAAGCGGUUGUUGGGAGAGGAAAACCGAGAAGGACGGAUCUUCUUCUUGUUUAUCAAAAUGGUUGAUCCCAGUAAAGAA